AAGACUCGAUUGUUUAAAUAAACACUGCUUUGUGGUUGUGCGCUCCAACAUAAGACGUCCACGAGAGUAUUUCGAUUCAGUGCGGAUGGCGGGUGACUCUGAGCGUAGCAGGGAUUUUGAGAAGGGCAGACACCGAACCAUGAUGUGGAAUGGGUUUGUAUGUUCAUUGAUGUUAUUUUCUGGAGCUGCUAGAAAAAUCAACCAAUCGCCGCAGCGCAUCACUGUUACUGAAGGGGGGACGGUGCAGCUGAACUGUACUUUCAGCCUGAAAUCAAGCCAUCAAGGGGACAAAAUAAUAGGAAGCAUCAGUUGGUACAAAGACGAGGAAGAUCGUUGCGUUUGCGCCACGUGCAGCGGAUAUCAAGGUCGCGUUCUGCUGAACAGUUCAAUAGGCAUUCUACGUGAAACUUUGCAAAUCACCGAUCUCAGAAUCAACGAUACAGGAAAGUAUUACUGCAAAGUGGAUAUUUUCAUGGAAGCACAAUAUCUUGGAAACGGGACAGAAGUCAUAAUCAGACCAGGGAGUGGUGACGACGGCAAAACAUUGUUUCUGAAUGAAAGUAGCAUCUAUCUGCCUGUUUUGUCACUCGUGGUUGUUGUGCCCCUCGCGUUGGCGCUGUUUGUCAUCAUUUAUACUCGACGCCGCGGCCGACUUUCAGAUAAAACAUCUGGAACUCAAGUCGUGACUAAGGAAGAGGGAAGUGUAAUCUAUGCAAACCCGAUUAUCUGUAACUCGAACCGGAAUCACCCACUGGAUUACGCUGAGUGCGAGUCAGUGAAGUCUCAAGUACGGAACGAUGGACCAGUGAAGGCUAGGCCGCUAUCACAGGCGGGAAGAAGUGAAGACUCGGUUGUAUACUCUUCGGUGAUGCGGUCAGAUCAUAUGAAGGAUCCGGCGCCAUUGAAGCCCAAGAAGACUCCCAGAAGGGAGGAGAAUCAGGUCGUGUACGCGACCGUGAAUACGAGGCAUUUUUGAGGAAGCCGUCUCCGAACAUUGGCAAAGAGCUGUCCGGGAGGCAGUGUUGUCUGCUUAACAGAAGUUGCUUGCAUCCUUGAUAUUCCAUGAACAAACAUAAAAGUUUCUCGAUGCUUCUGUUGUUAUUCGUUUGUUUACCUCAAGAUGCUUGCAUUGUUCGCAUUGUCUUAUGACAUACAAGGCCAUUUGGCCCAUUGUGUCCAUGCUACCUCCCAGAAAAAUUCCAUGAAAC